AUGGCUGAGCACAGUUCCGACGAGACUCUCGCCCACCUCACACGCAUCAGUCAGAAGCCCGGAGUUCAGAGCACGCUUAUUCUCUCACGAGAGAACGGAGCUAUCGUGCGCACGUCAGGACUCAUCUCGAAGUCGACUUCCGCAAACCCGAACAGCACAUUGCCUGCAUCGAACGAAACCGCGCCUGACGGCUACGCGAACGGCAAGAAGGAUAGUGCCAUACAAAGUGCAGAAGAUGUCGCAAGCAAGGUCUGGGCCUUCCUCACUGCAGCCUGGAACCUAGUAGAAGGUUUGUACGAAGAGGACGAGGUCAAGCUUCUACGGUUGCGGACUAAAAAGAACGAGCUUGUUAUAAUACCUGGUGAGUGA